AUGGUGCCAGACUCUGACUCCUCCUCCUUAACUGAAACUUACAUAAGAUCAUUUUCUCCUCACUCUCUCCCGCUCCAUAUCCGAUCUGCGGCCAAGCACUUCAGUUUCUGUCUUCAUAACCUCUCUUGCAUUCAUCCCCUUCUCUCCUCUGACACUGCCAAUACCCUGGCACAGACCCUUGUCACCUCCCACCUGCACUACUACAUGCUGGACUACUGUUGUAUUACUGUUCAGACUGUUCGGUCAUACUUCAUCUCUCUGGAUAUUGGGUGGAGGGGGAUUAAGUCAGUCACUUCAGCAGGCUGGACCUUAGCCUGUUCUGUAAAAACCUGGGGAUUGCAUUUGCAAGGGCUCUUCAAGCAGGCUGAAGUUCUGGGGCUUCCGGCCCUCCCACCAGCACCCGGACUCCGCUACAAACGCACCUUGGAGCACGAGUGUACAGAGGCCCGGCAGCGGUGGCUAGUGCACUGGAUGCAGAGGCGGCAGCAGCGGCGGCGGCGGCGGCGGCAGCAGCAGCAGCAGCAGCACCUCAGCAGUGGGGGGCACCCGGGCCGGGUUGUUCUCUGCCUCUGGAGCUCCGCCAAGAAAAAGCCUUUCCCUGCAAGCCCCGAGUCCCGUGACUGCGGCCGGGCCUCUGGGUGCAGCGCCUGCAGCGGCAGGAAUGUGGCCCUGUCCCCUCUUGUUCACCUGCAGCCGCCUAAACAGCCCGGGGCAGCCUGCGUAACAGCCCUGCGGAAUGGCAAGCUGGGGAGACCCCAGCCCCUCCACUCACUCCAGUCUUCCUAGAGCUCAUCCUGCCCCGAUGCGUUGGGGCACCCGUUUCUGAGUUUCAUGUAGAAUUUUAUUAUGUAAAUUGGUCAUUUAGCCUGAGGGUUUUUUUUAAUAAAUGUCUAUUUUUAAUCAGA